AUGGAGUCCUACAAGCCUCUUGAAGACCACUCUCGAACAAUAAUACACAUAGACAUUGAUUGUUUUUAUGCACAGGUGGAAAUGAUUAAAGACCCUAAAUUGAAAUAUGUGCCUCUUGGAAUCCAGCAGAAAAAUAUUGUAGUCACAAGCAAUUACAUUGCUAGAGAAUUUGGAAUUAAAAAAUGCAUGUUAAUCACAGAAGCAAGAGAAAUAUGUCCGAACCUUAUAUUAGUUAAAGGUGAGGAUCUCCAUGAGUAUCGUCAAAUGUCUUACAAAGUAACAGAACUGUUACAGAAAUACUCUCCUUCAGUGAAUCGUCUAGGACUUGAUGAAAAUUUCUUGGAUGUCACGAACCUUGUGAACGAUCAGAUAAGAAAAGACUCUAGAGAUAGUAUAGUGGGUAAUGUUUUUGGUGAUAUCAGUUCACCUUGUGAGUGUGGAUGUUAUGAAAGGAUCAAAUCUGCUACAAAUAUUGCACAACAUAUCCGUUCUGCUAUCAAAACUGAACUAGGCCUAACUACUUCAGCAGGAAUUGCUCACAAUAAAUUACUUGCUAAGAUUGCUGGGGGUCAACAUAAACCAGACCAACAAACAGUAGUAUUUCCAAACAGUGCAGUUGAAAUGAUGUUGAGUUUAACAUCUUUAUCAAGAAUACCAGGCAUUGGUUACACUACCUUAGACCAACUGAGUAAUAUAGGAAUCAGAACUGUGGAAGAUCUACAAAACUGUGAUGUUGCAAAAUUGGAGGAUCUUAUUGGACAUAAGAAAGCUGCAGUGCUUCAUCACUUGAGUUUUGGUAUAGACCCAUCAUCUGUUAAAAGAACUGGAAAACCUCAAAGCAUUGGUAUAGAAGACAGUUAUAAAUCAAUAUCUGCUGACAAAGAGGUUAGAGAAAAGAUGGAGCAGCUGCUGAAAAGACUAUUAAUUUUAGUUUCUGAAGAUGGAAGGACACCAAGAACAAUAAAAUUAACAGUGAGAAAAUUUGAUAAAAGUAAAAAAUCAUCUAAUAGAGAAACAAGGCAGUGCAAUCUGAAUACAUCAACUUUCCUUGGAAAUGACAUAAUGAAAUUGUCAAAUGAUGAUUUCAACAAGAUUAUGACUGUGAUAAUGCGUUUAUUUGGAAAAGCAGUUGAUACUAGCAAACCUUAUCAUUUAACUCUACUAGGUCUAUCAUUCACAAAAUUUAUUGAGCGUCCUGCUACCAAAAACACUUUAACUAAUUUUCUUUCCAAGAAUAUUGAAGUCCAAUCUGUGACUGAUAUAGAAAGUCUUUGCAAUGUUCAGAAGGAUCCUAAAGAAAUUCCAUCAACAUCAGCCACAGAGAUUCCAGAAAUUGAACCAUUGUCAAAAAAAUCAAAAAUGUCCAAUAUGAUUCAAAAACCUAUUGAAUCUUCUUCACUAUUGACAGUGUCUGAUCUAAGGCUGAAUUCAACUGAUGAGCCUAUGGAUAUUUACACUAAUCCAAAUAUUUCUUGUCCUCCUGAUGCUGACAAAGAUGUUUUCUGGGCACUACCAAAGGAACUGCAAAUAGAGUUGUGGGAGAAUUAUAAAAGAACUAGGGAAAGGGAGAAAAAAAUUAACAUGCCAGGGAAAAGGGUGAAACCAAAUAGUAUUAUCAAUUAUUUAGUUAGGCAAUAA